AAAGAAGAAAACACGGGCGACAGCGGUGUGGGCAAGAGCAGCCUGCUCUUACGGUUUGCAGACAACACUUUCUCAGGCAGCUACAUCACCACGAUCGGAGUGGACUUCAAGAUCCGGACUGUGGAGAUCAACGGGGAGAAGAUGAAGCUGCAGAUCUGGGACACGGCCGGGCAGGAGCGCUUCCGGACCAUCACCUCCACGUAUUAUCGGGGGACCCACGGGGUCAUUGUGGUUUACGACGUCACUAGUGCUGAGUCCUUUGUCAAUGUCAAGCAAUGGCUUCAUGAAAUCAUCCAGAACUGUGACGAUGUGUGCCGAAUAUUAGUGGGCAAUAAGAACGACGACCCUGAGCGGAAGGUGGUCGAGACAGAAGAUGCCUACAAAUUUGCUGGACAGAUGGGGAUCCAGCUCUUUGAGACCAGUGCCAAGGAGAACGUCAACGUGGAGGAGAUGUUCAACUGUAUCACAGAGCUGGUUCUACGAGCAAAGAAAGACAACUUGGCGAAACAGCAACAACAGAACGAUGUGGUGAAGCUCACCAAAAACAGUAAACGAAAGAAACGCUGCUGCUAA